CACACAACACCAGAGGGGAACGUCACACAGUCACUGCAUUUUAAAAUUAGCAUUUGAAAACUCUGCUUCCUGUUUACUGGUGAUACUUCUGCAGAUUCAUUUUUUGGGACAUUUCAGUUAAAUGGACCAUGCUUUUGAAAACAAGGAAGCUGUGCAAAAUCUAGAUUUACCACGCAUCAGAAUCUUGCAAUCAUUUUUUUUUUACUUUAUUAAAUCAUUUUGGAUGCUCAAUAUUUGCUUUUCAGUAUAUAGUAUCUUAUUAAUUUUUUUUUAUCUUCGUUAACAGAAACAGUUACUGUACUGUUUCUUCAGAAAAGAGCCUGAAGUGGAUGGACAAUAUGUAUAGCGAAUGUGCUGAAGGUCAAAACAUGACUUCAUCCACACCGAACUUGGAACCUAAAUUUACAUUGGUUGUUUUGGUAUUACUGGCAGUUCUUAUGGUUUUGAUAGCUCUUAUUACAGUGCUUGGAAAUGGCUUGGUUGUCCUGGCUUUUUUGGUGAACAAAGAUCUUCGGCAUCGGAGUAAUUAUUUAUUUCUUAAUCUUGCUAUUUCAGACUUUUUAGUCGGUGCAUUCUGUAUCCCCCUGUAUAUCCCUUACUUCCUGACAGGCAAGUGGAUGUUUGGAAGACUUCUCUGCAAACUCUGGCUAGUUGUAGACUAUCUUAUGUGCACAGCUUCCGCAUUUAGCAUUGUCCUUAUCAGCUAUGAUCGGUUCCUGUCAGUUACCAAAGCGGUGACAUAUAGGAUUCAACAGGGAAUGACGUCAAAGACUGUUGUUAAGAUGGUGGCAGUCUGGGUCUUUGCAUUCUUAAUCUAUGGCCCCGCAAUCCUCAUUUGGGAUCGUGUGGCUGGCUACAGCAUCAUACUCGAUGGAGAAUGCAAUGCUGAAUUCUACUAUAACUGGUACUUUCUCCUGUGUGCUUCAGCCUUUGAAUUCUUCACACCUUGCAUCUCUGUGGCCUAUUUCAACAUGCACAUCUACCGGGAUAUACAAAAACGCAAGAGAAACAGGCUCCAGAGCACAGUCAACAUCAGCAAACAGGUGUCUGUACCUCCAACAGAAAAAAAUGUCUUGAUGGCUGACCAUUGCUCUUUGAAGGAAGACGUUUCUUCUCCUGAUUCAGAAACAGAGGACAGUCUUUCUACUUCCAGGACACAGGUGCAGUCAGUGGUGACUGACGGUUCACAUCAGUCCAGAGGCUAUUCCAUAACCCCUGACAAUGAUCAGUCAGUAGCCCUCAGAGCGAAGACCAGGUCAAAAUUGAACAGGGACAAAAAAAUUGCUAAGUCACUUGCCAUAAUUGUCUGUGUCUUUGCCAUUUGCUGGGCACCAUAUUCAUUACUUAUGAUAAUUCGCGCAGCCUGCUGUGGAGAGUGUGUCAACGAAUUCUUGUAUGAAAUAACAUUUUGGCUUUUGUGGCUUAAUUCCUCUGUAAAUCCUUUCCUCUACCCUCUCUGCCAUGCUGGGUUUCGGAAGGCUUUCAUGAAAAUAUUGUGCCCAAAAAGGUUUGUGAUACAGCCACCAGCCCUGGCAGUCUCUUCUUAGAGAGCCAAACUAGAAGACUUACAACAGAAGCUCCUCCACCUUAUUUUAGUUAAGCUUGUUCUGAUCUCAUCUUCAAUAAUAUAGUAGAUAUGUUUGUUUCAUAGAUGGCAUUAGUCAAGGAUGCAAUAUGUAAAUUUGCCAAUAGUUUGAUAAUUUUCAAAGCAUUAGUUUUCUUUUCUCUUCAUAAUAUCAUGUUAAAUUCAACAGCAACUUUUGCCUGAUUGUGCACUAUCUCUUUAAUUUAUGAAUUUUAUUCACAGGCACAGAGCAGGAUCCCUUUCUUUUAUUAAUACUGUUUAUUUAAAAUCAUGACAACACAAGACAUAUAUUUCCAAAAGCUGCUACAAAAGUGUCCCUGGGAAAGAGACUGUGGAAGCAAAAUUAAAGCAGGGCAAAUGUUUUAGUCAGGUGUAAGGAUAGAGUGAAGUAUAACCCUAACCCUAAUAACAUGAGAGUUGUAAGAGAUGCUGCUUCACACCUCACUGCUCACCUCUCUUUAGUUGAUAAGAAUGGAAUGCUGAUUUAAGCAGAAACCUUGAGAUAAGGCAGUGUCUGGAGGGAGUUUGUAUAAACAAAGGAUAACUGUUAGCUGAUUGAUGUAUGUAACGAAAAGGUAUAAAUGCUUGUCUUACGCUGCUUGUAGAGUGAAGAUCGGCCUAAGGUCAGGGGGCCCCCCUCCAACCACAGGCUUCCCUUGCAAUUGCUCUCAAUAAACUGUCUCUGACUUGUUGCUAAUGAACGCAGA